AUGGGGGAAGAAAACCAAACAGGGCUGAUACAAUUCCACUUCCAUCCCCUCUCGACACUCCCUGAGAUGCAGCGGCUGAUUUUCCUUGCCUUCCUGCUGAUGUACAUGGCCAGUCUCUGUGGAAACGCUACCAUCGCAAUCAUUAUCCACACAGACCGCUCCCUCCACACCCCCAUGUACUUCUUCCUGGCCAACCUGGCAAUUCUGGAGAUCUGCUACUCUUCCUUCAUUGCCCCCCUUACUCUGGCCAACCUUGUGUCAGGAAGCAAGGCCACCAUCUCCCUUGCGGGCUGUGGCACCCAGAUGUUCUUCUUCAUCUUCCUGGGAGGUUCUGAGUGUGUCCUCCUCGCCGUCAUGGCAUACGACCGAUACGUGGAGAUCUGCCAGCCACUGCGCUACACCCUCGUUAUGAGCUGGACAGUCUGUGUGCGCCUUGUCGCUGGGUCGCUGGUGCUGGGGUUCUUAUUUGCUCUGCAAUUUACUGUUCUGCUGUUCCACCUGCCGUUCUGUGGCACCAAUGAAAUCAGCCACUUCUAUUGUGAUGUGCUGCCCGUCUUGCAGCUGGCAUGUGGCAACACGAAGAGCCUUGAGGCCAUCAUUUUUGCUGCCACUAUCAUAACCCUGGCCACCCCCUUCCUGCUGAUUUGCAUCUCUUAUGUCUUUAUUGUGGCCACCAUCCUGCAGAUCCACUCUGCAUCUGGCCAGAGCCGCGCCUUCUCCACCUGCUCCUCUCACCUGACAGUUGUCCUUCUGCAAUAUGGCUGCUGCAUCUUCAUUUACUCCCACACUGGCUCCAGCUACUCUCCAGAGCAAGGCCAGGUGGUGUCUGUGGUCUACACCUUUGUGACCCCUGUACUGAACCCCCUGAUCUACAGCAUGAGGAACAAGGAGUUGAAGGAUGCUCUGAGCAGAGUGCUGAGAAGGAAAGUGCUGUCCUGA